GUGAGGGGAACGGGGAACGAGCCCCGUGCGCUCCCUUUGUGAGGGGAACGGGGAACGAGCCCCGUGCGCUCCCUUCGUGAGGAGAACGGGGAACGAGCCCCGUGCGCUCCCUCCGUGAAGGGAACCGACAACGGACAACGAGCCCUGUGAGCUCCCUCCCUGAGGGGAACCGGGAAUAAGCCCCUUCUGCCCCUCCGUGAGGGGAACCGGGAACGGGGAACGAGCCCCGUGCGCUCCCUCCGUGAGGGGAACUGGGAACGAGCCCUAUCCGCCCUCUCAGUGAGGGAAACCGGGAUAGAAUGAGCCUCGUCCGACCCUCCGUGAGGGGAACCGGGGCGAGACUGUCGCAAUCUGUGGAAUAUGUCAAGAUUCUCUUAAAGUCAGGAUGUUUUUUGGUGUACGCUCUUUAUGUACUUUUAAGCCUGAUCAGCAGGGGAGGAGACCUAAUGAGUGCAACGGGCAGCAGGAGCAUCCACUAGUCAAGGACAUCUGGGAACUAACAAGAUUUAAGGAUGUAGUAAAUCAAGAUGGUGAUGUAUGUCUAUGAACACAUGGCUAACUUGGCAAAAGACUUCAGCCUGUGGAAGUUGGUUACCUGAUCCUCUGCUGUACCUGAACCUCAUUGUUGCAGCUUUUAAUAACUGAAUAUCCAGACGACCUAUAAAGGUGCCUUUGAGGAAAGAAGGAUGGGAAAAAAGUCGACAUUCCCAGCUGGAAAUGGGCAAUAAGCAAACCAUUUUCACUCAAGAGCAACUGGAUGCAUAUCAGGACUGCACAUUUUUCACAAGGAAAGAAAUCCUGAGGCUGUUUCACAGGUACCGAGAUCUGGCCCCUCAGCUGGUUCCCCUCGACUACACAGACAAACCAGCUGUGACACUGCCCUACCAGCUCAUUGCCAGCAUGCCAGAGCUCAAGGACAACCCGUUCCGGCAGCGGAUUGCAGAGGUGUUCUCGGAGCACGGGGACGGCAACAUGACUUUGGAUAAUUUUCUGGACAUGUUUUCAGUGCUAAGUGAAAUGGCUCCCAGAGACUUGAAAGCUUAUUAUGCUUUUAAAAUUUAUGAUUUUAACAACGAUGAUUACAUAUGCAAAUCAGACCUGGAGAAAACUGUUAACAAAUUAACCCGAAAUGAGCUGACCCCAGAAGAAGUCAGCCUUGUCUGUGAGAAGGUGAUUUACGAGGCUGAUGUGGACAAUGAUGGCAAACUGUCCUUGGAAGACUUUCAGCACAUGAUCAUACGAGCCCCAGAUUUCCUCAGCACAUUUCACAUUAGGAUCUGAAUCCAGUGAAACACAUGGAUGGAAGCACCUCUGGAACCUUAAAAUACUAUCACUUCACCCAAGAUUACCAAGCAUAAGAGCACAAAAUCAGAGGGGCAAAGAGGACAACUUGUGGUAACUGAACCAGUCAGAAAACUGUUCUUGUUUACCUCUCUUAAAGGAUCAUUUAAUUAAGCUCUGCAUCAAGAUUUCCCUGGAAUUUAACAAAAUGUCUAUUCCCCCCUCAGUUAGAGCAAACCUGGCCUGGACAGUGAGAUGGGAAGUGUUCUUUUAAAGUUCAGAUACCACCAGGUAGUAAAGGAGCUUGUAUAGCUUCGAAAAAUUCCCAAGAAAAUGCCUUAACCAGGAAAAAACCCACUUGAGAAUAGUUUCCAAAACACUGUGAUUAAUCAAAACUGUGUAAGCAACUCCUCUGAUCAUUUAGAGUCUUAAUAAAUGCUCCAAUGAAUCAAUUUGCAGAAGUAUUCUCCAGAGUGCAGGAUUUAUAAUGAGAAAGCAUACUUUGAGGACAAGAAACCCUUCCCCAAAUUCUGUCCCUCUUCUCUAAUUUCAGAAAUCCACAC